AUGUCGACGAACAUCUUCCCAAAACUGGAGUCGGGAACGGGCCUCGUCUCACAGGUCUCAACAUGUCCCAGCCACAUCCGCCAUCUUGUGCAGAAGUCUGCCUCAGGCUUGGCCAGCACAGAAACAUGGCCGCCACCAGCAUCGAGAGCGCAGCCUCCAAGGGUGGGGGAGUGCUUCUUGGCUUCUUACCGCUCAUUGCUCCCAACUCCAUCCCAGUCCCGAAACCAUCGAAAGCCGGCAGGGGGUAUGCCAUUUUGUCAAGUUAUCCCGGACUUCAUGCUUGGACUUGGCACUGGCUUCAAGCGCCGAGGGGCUAGCAACGGACGAUUCUGGACGAUUGGUGGUCACUUUUUGCUGCGUAAAGUAUUGAAAGUGUGGGGGCGAUACGCCGUAGACUCAACGAGCAGAGUGCAAUACCACAGCCAAGAAAAUCAAGAACCUUGCUUCUCAAGGCUGUUGUUACUUAGAGACUCAGUGCACAUCGAGCAGGAAACCUGCACCCGUGCCGACGGGCGCAGUGUGCUUGAGUUCCUGCCUGUCCUCUGCUGCGAAACGACUGGUGAAUGGAAGCAUCCAUUUUCCAGUGCGGUUCUUAGCCGACAUUUGUACCAUCACAAAGGGGAUUGUUUGGGUGCAGCGCGUUCAAUGCUUCGGGCAGAGGGAGGCACCAUGGAACUCAUGGAACUCGCUGUGAAGGGUGUGACAUGGUGCAACCGCUUCCUGGCCCAGGAUGAGACAAGGAAGCCACUUCGAGCCAACGAGGGCGAAGAUGGGCGAAGAUGUAGGAAGAUGGGCGAAGGUGUGUCUAGCUCGAACACCAGCAACAGCGCCGCCCCGGCGAGUAAGAGUCCAAAAAGUGGCCAUCUAUCAAUUCGUAGGAUAAUCGGAUAG